GAAAUCUGGGCUGAUGUGUUUGAUUGUGACGGGAAUGAAACAAAACUCUCAGAAUGUUCCAUCUCUUCAUGGAGUCGAGCUGAAUGUUCUCAUAGACGAGAUGUUGGAGUCAUCUGCUCUGGGAGUGAAGCUCAUCUGGGGAACUGCAGCUCUCCACAAACUCUCAACUGCAGCUCCACACAACAGCUGUCAGUAAAGAACUUUGGUCGCGGGUCCAUCAGGCUGGUGGGUUCUGGGGGAGAGUGUGCAGGGAGGCUGGAGGUUUUUCACAGCGGCUCAUGGGGGACAGUGUGUGAUGACUCCUGGGAUAUUAAAGAUGCUCAUGUGGUGUGCAGACAGCUGCAGUGUGGAGUGGCCCUCAGUAACCAGCAGGUACCAGCCUGGUUUGGUCCUGGUUCUGGACCCAUAUGGCUGGAUGAGGUGGAGUGUGAGGGGAAUGAGACGUCCCUGUGGAGCUGCUCUUCUCCAGGCUGGGGAAAACAUGGCUGUAAACACAAGGAGGAUGUAGGAGUCGUGUGCUCAGAGUUUAAAGAGAUCAGGUUAACUGAGGGCUGUGAAGGGAAUGUGGAGGUUUUCUACAAUGGAUCCUGGGGUAAUGUGUGUUACAACCAGAUGGACAGAGACACAGCGAGUCUGAUCUGUCAAGAGCUGAACUGUGGAAGAUCUGGCAGUGAACCCAAACAUUCGCAGGGACUGAAGUCUCAUAACUGGCUGGAUAAUUUUAAAUGUCGACCACAUGAUUCCACUUUAUGGCAGUGUCCAUCUUCACCCUGGGGACAGAAUGACUGUCAUAAUGAGGUGGCCAAAAUCACCUGCUCAGAGGAGGAAACUCCUGAGUCUCCACGGAGUCGUCUGACAUUUUCAGCAUCUCACCAGAGACAGUAUUCAAAUCAUGUUUCUCUCAGACUGAGUGGAGGGGAGGGCCGGUGCUCUGGGAGGCUGGAGGUGUAUCAUAACGCUAUGUGGGGCUCAGUCUGUGAUGAUCAGUGGGACAUCAGAGAUGCUCAGGUGGUCUGCAGGCAGCUGGGUUGUGGAGCAGCACUGAGGGCUGAUGGGAAUUCAGUCUUUGGUGCUGGUGAAGGUGUUGUGUGGAUGAACAGAGUCGAGUGCAGAGGGAAUGAGAUUCACCUGUGGGACUGUCCUGUCUCCCUGAAAAACCACACUGACUGCUCCCACAAAGAGCACGCUGGACUCAUCUGUGCAGAUUUGUCAGUGUCCUCUACUCCUGCCACAACAACAUCAGCCUUUCCUCCAGUUUCUCAUCCAGUGCGCUCAACAUCAGUCUCUCCUCCACAAACUCCUCCAGCAGCGUCUCUCUCCGUCCCCCCAGAGCUUGUGAUUGUUCUGGGAGUUGUGCUCUUACUGCUCUUAGUGCCACUGCUUAUACUGAUUCAGCAGAACAGAGUGAUGAGGAGAGCUCUGUCUAAGAGGAGACACAGGACGACGACUGAGGCUGUUUAUGAGGAGAUUCAGCACAGACACGAUCACUUCACUCAGAGGGGAAGUGUCCUUUCUGAAGAACAGCAUUCUGGGUAUGAAGAUGCUGAUGAGCUUCUGUCAGAAGGAGUCAUACCUGAAUACAAUAAUGAUUUCUCCACCACUAAAGGCCCGACAGAAGAGCAACAAUUCACACCAGAGAACUAUGAUGAUGUAAUCACUGUUGGACUUAGACAUCAUGCUACAGAUGACUUACCAGAAAACUAUGAUGAUGUUGUCAUCAUAGGGCAGUUCUCCAAUGAUAAAGCAGAGGGUGUUCGGGAGGAGUAUGAUGAUGUGAAGAAUGUCAGAGAAUAUAUGAGUGACAUGUUUGACUAUGAUGAUGUGGAGGAGGAGCCAGGAAAACAGGGAGGAACUGUGUAACUCAAACCACACCCACUGCCU